UGGACCGUGACGUGAGCACCGGGAAGCCCUUAAGAGGCGGCACGGGGUACGGGGCACAGACAGCCACGCGCCCGCAGCCAUGACCGUCCCCAUCGCCAAGUCCUUCUACGACCUGACCGCCACCUCCUUGCAGGGGGAAAGGGUGGAUUUUGGUGUUUUCCGGGGCCGCGUGGUCCUGAUCGAGAAUGUGGCGUCACUCUGAGGCACCACGGUGCGGGAUUACACCCAGCUCAACCAGCUCCAAGCCCGUUACCCCCGGCGGCUGGUUGUGCUGGGCUUCCCCUGUAACCAGUUUGGAUACCAGGAGAACGGUAGCAACGAGGAGAUCCUCAACACCCUGAAGCACGUGCGGCCCGGGGGCGGCUUCGAGCCCAAUUUCACCCUGUUCCAGAAGUGCCAGGUGAACGGGAGCGACACUCACCCCGUGUUCGCCUACCUCAAGGCUCACCUGCCUGCACCGGCCGACGAGGCUGCACACCUGAUGACCGAGCCCCGCUUUGUCACCUGGAGCCCUGUGCGGCGCUCCGAUAUCUCCUGGAAUUUUGAGAAAUUCCUGGUGGGGCCCGAGGGGGAACCGUUUCGGCGCUACAGCCCCCGUGUGCCCACAGCCCAGCUGGAACCCGACAUCCAGCGUCUCCUCAAGCUGGCCAAGUAAUCCUGGCUCCGGUGUGAUCCCGGCUCCAGCGUCACCCCGGGAUGGCCCCAGCUCUCUGCAGGGUGACAGCCCCCUCCGAAACCUCCACGGGGAGGGGGCUCGAUAGGGGCAGAGGGUUGGAGUCGCUGGGAUGGCGCGGGCUGGUGACAAUAAACGAGCCGGAGGGAGCGUGCCCGGAUC